ACAAAAAAGGUUCGCCGGGAUAAAAUUAUCGAUGAUGGAAUCGGCAAAAAACCCUCAAGAUCUGCUCGUGGCGUACACCAAGUGUAUUAACUUUGCAGCCAUUAAACAUCGGGACCAACGGCGGAAAGAUAAGGAAGAAACGCCGUACAUCAAUCAUCCGAUCGGUGUAGCCUACAUUCUGUCCUCGGAGGGUGGUAUCAGCGAUAGCGAUGUGCUGUCGGCCGCAAUUCUGCACGAUACCGUCGAGGAUACGGACACAACGUUUGAGGAAAUCGAGAACCACUUCGGCCCUACGGUACGAUCGCUGGUGCAGGAGGUAACGGACGAUAAGUCGCUCCCGAAGCAGGAACGGAAGCGCCUGCAGAUUGAGCAUGCACGCACCAUCAGCCACGGGGCACAGUUGGUGAAGCUGGCGGAUAAGAUCUACAAUCUGCGCGAUCUGCAACGCUGCCGGCCCAAAGAUUGGACCGAAGAGCGGUGCCAGGAGUACUUCCGGUGGGCGAAACAGGUGUGUGAUAAUCUGAAGGGUACGAAUGAACCACUAGAACGCAUUCUGGGCGAUAUAUUCCGGCAGGAAAAUGUUAUUUAG